AUGGGAAUAGUAAUGGAAAACGUGAAAAAAAGGCUGACUGUGCUCCAGCCUAUCCUGCCGUAUGGGGUCAUAGAGCCAUGGGACGACUUGAACCCGCGACUCUACCACGCCAUCCACAUUUACUGGCUCAAGUUCUACGGGAUGUGGUACAACAACGCGUCCCCCAAAACCAUCCUUUUCUGGCUCCAACUUAUAUACACGGCGACCGUUUUAUGGCUCGUAUGUUUUUUGCCCGGCAUUGGAGAAGUCGUUUAUUUGCUAAAGCGAAGGGAAAAUAUCGGAGAUGUCGCUGAAGGAUUGUACUUAUUCCUCAGUGAAAUGUAUACGUAUUUCAAAGUGGCUGUUUUUUGGUUGAAUAAGGAUAAAGUUAUAAAUCUCCUGCGGUAUCUGUCUUGCGAGGAGUUUAAGCCGGUCGAGGCGGAGCACCGGGAGAUUAUACGGAAAAGUAUAAAGGCGGCACGCUUCGUAAUGACAUAUUACUCCACCAUGUGCGUCGGCGCGGUCUCAGUCGGCAUCAUUAUGCCAUUAACGGAGAACUUCGACAUCCUGCCGACAAACGUGGAGUACCCGUAUUUUGAUGUAUACAAGUCGCCGGUCUACCAAACUUUGUAUAUUCAUCAUGUAUAUUACAAACCAGCGACCUGCAUUAUCGACGGUGUCAUGGACACAAUAUUAGCAGCGUUCGUGGCUUCAGCAAUCGGCCAAAUAGAAAUAUUGGCGUUCAACUUGCGUAAUUUCGACGUGGUGGCGGAGCGGAGGCGCAAAAGAGCCAUCGCUGAGAAUAAGCCGAGCGCCGCUUGGACUCAAGAACGGCACAUUCGAGCGGUGCUAAAAGACUGCAUUUUGCACCACAAUAGCAUUAUAAAAUACGUGUCGAUGAUCGAGAGCACAUUCAGCCUAGCCUCAGCUUUACAGUUCAUGUUAAGCGUUAUGGUGUUAUGCCUGGUUGGCAUUCAGUUUCUAUCGAUUGAGAAUCCAUCCAGCCAUCCUAUGCAAAUAAUGUGGAUGGCAAUUUAUUUGACCUGUAUGUUGAUCGAAGUCUUUAUUUUAUGCUGGUUCGGCGAUGAACUGAUUUGGAAGAGCACUGCGCUCCGGCAGGCAGCUUUCGACGGGCCGUGGCUGGAGACCAAUCAUAAAACCAUGGUUUUCAUCGUCAUCUUUUUGGAACGCUGCAAACGCCCACUCAGGGUGACUGCCGGGAAAAUAUUUACUCUUUCGCUGGACACAUACACUAUACUAAUUAAUUGGUCUUACAAAGCAUUCGCAGUCGUAAGCAACAUGAAGAAGUAACAACAAUACCAAGAAAAUCCAUCCAUUACUUAAAGGAGAAGUUCCACGAAAAAAUCUUAUUAAAAUUUUAAAUUCACCGCUAUCUUAUUCAAAGAAGCAGAAAAGUGGUAACAUUUUGUCACGAGCACA